GGCCGCGCGCGGAGGGGUCCGGCCGUGCCCGUGUCCGUGCCCGUGCCCACGUCCCGCCUCCGCCCGGGAACAGGGUCCGGGUGCCGGCCCUGCGGCCGGGCUGCCCCAUCCCUGUCCCCGGGGGCGGUGCCUCCUCAUCCCGAGAGGCUGUGGGUAACGGGAGAGAGGCUGUUUUCCUCGGCGGAAGGACGCGGAGGGGCUCUACAACAACCGUGAGGGGAUUUACAGCAUCCCUACCCCAGAAGAACAAAACUACUUGGAGGGAAAGGAUAUCUGUCAAAAAUAGUGUGACCAAGGAGCCCAUGGCACCUGUGCAGAGAGGGCAGGGAAUCACUAUAGAGGAAGGACCUGCUGGGCUGCCACACUGCCAAGGCCGAUUCUUUUAACUGGAUGUUGCAAAACAUAAUUGAAGAACAGAAUAUAUUUUCGUAAUUGAAAGAUCUGGCUGAAGACUUGAGAUUAUUCCAACCAUGCACAGUGUGAACAGCUCAGAGACUCCCUGGCUAAAAAUAAUGACACAUCUGAGACCUGUGAAAGAACCUGAUCAGCCACGGCCUUGGCAGGUAACACCUGACCAAAGCCGAGACAUCAUUGCUUCUGUUCAGUGCAUCUUGGACAGAGAAAAUUGUUUUGUGAGGAAGGUGGACAGAUACCUGAGGCACAAUGAUUUCCUAAAUCUGAGAAAGAAGGAGAUCGUGUACAAAGAAUGGCUUAAGGAUGUUUUAGAGCCAGUGCUGCAGAAAAUUGAGGACGAAAUGGGCAGCCAGUCAAUCGAAGAAAUGCAGAAAAGGAAGCAAGAACAAUUGUCUCAAUAUUUAAACUACUGUAACAAGAAGGGCUACGUGUUUUUGGACUAUUUUGACCCAUCCGAGUAUGAUCCAUUCUCCCAGAAGACGUGCACAGACUGCUGGAAGAAUGAAAGACAUCAAUCACCACAAUGACAGCGAGAGCCAAUGAUGUCACCUGUCCCCCAGCUGACCAGAGCAGCAAGCACACCCAUCAGAAGGUACCCUUUAGGUUACAUCUCCUGCCAAAGCAAGUGAUAACAGGCCAGGUCUUCUGGCAAGCUGCAAUAAACUUACUGUCUUGAA